CUGAGCCAGGCCGUGCGGGAAGCAGCAGGGCGGCGAGGUGAGUGAGGCAUCGCUGCCGUUCAGGAGAGCGGAGCGAGUCUGUAAACCGAAUUUGGCCGAAAAUGAGCUGAACUGGGCGCCGUGAAGGAGACAGUCUGGUAGUUUUACGGAGGGGGAUGCGCAGCUGGAAGUGGUACUUCUCCAGGGUCAUGCACCUCUCCCUUUGCUGGUUCCGGCUGUGUCCGCGGCGGAGGCGGGCGAAGCGGCCCAGGAGACUCCGGGAUCUGUGGAACUACGGAAAAGUGAUCCUCAAUUCCGUCUACUUCAACACCCUCACCAACUGGGACACGAUCCUCGACUCCAUGUUCGAACCCGUUUACUGGUUGGUGGACAACCUGACCCGCUGGUUUGGGGUGGUGUUUGUCUGUCUGGUGAUUGCUCUCACAAGCUCCGUGGUGUUGAUCGUCUACCUCUGCGUUCUCCCGCUGAUUAUAGACACAUACCCCACUCACUGGAUCCUCUGGCACCUCUGUUAUGGCCACUGGAACCUCGUAAUGGUGGUCUUUCACUACUACAAAGCCACCACAACCUCCCCUGGACAACCUCCACAGGAGAAGAGUGAUAUUCCUACAGUGACCAUUUGUAAAAAGUGUAUCGUUCCCAAACCUGCAAGGACGCACCACUGCAGUAUCUGCAACAAGUGUGUUUUGAAGAUGGACCACCACUGUCCCUGGCUGAAUAACUGUGUGGGCCACUUCAACCAUCGCUACUUCUUUUCCUUCUGCCUUUAUAUGACCAUGGGCUGCUUCUACUGCAGCAUCAGCGCCAAAGACAUGUUCUUGGACGCUUACAAUGCCAUCGAGAGCUAUUAUCAGACUCCUCACCCUCCGUUCACAUCUCAGGAGAGGUUGUUUCAUAAGAGCCUUCUGUACCUGUGGGUGCUCACCAGCUCUGUGGCGCUUGCCCUGGGAGGUCUGACCAUCUGGCAUGCUGUGCUCAUCACCAGAGGUGAGACGAGCGUGGAGAGACACAUCAACCGCAAAGAGAGGAAACGGCUGAAGGAGCGGGGCAAGGUGUUCCGGAAUCCAUAUCACUAUGGAAAAAUAAAUAACUGGAAGAUACUCUUUGGUGUAGAGAAGUCCAGUCACUGGUUAACGCGGGUGCUCCUGCCCUCUAGUCACCUGCCCUGCGGAGACGGGAUUGUCUGGGACAGCCCUCUGCGUAGAAAGGAGGCCAUGGCCAUAUGAGCUCCCAGUCACACAGAAUGGACCCACAUUUAAAUCCAGACCUUCACCAGCGGAACCGGUGGAAUCGCUGCAGCUCGUGAAAAGGAGAGAAUCUGCACUGCUGUGCCGCUGAACCUCUGCUCCUCUUCAGCCUCAUCACCAGGAGAACCUGUUCCUGUGUGUGUGUGUUUGUACUGUAGUGUAUUAGUGAGUCUCAACUGUGUACCGAGUUCAGAACCUGCACUUGGUGCCAAAGAUCUUCUGCAGAAAGAUCUGAAUGGGAUCAUAACCAGUGUUUUAUAGAAUUAGAAUAUUUAUUAAAAUAUUAAACUCUUAGAAAUAAAGGUGCCAAAGAGGAGCGAUGCCAUAGAUGAACCACUUCUGGUUCCCUAAAGAUUUUGGAUGAUAUUUCUUUGAAAAAAACUUUUUUUUUUUUUAACCCUCCUGUUGUUUUCACAUUUACUGAUAUAUAACAUCUUUGAGGUCAAUUUGAUGCCAGCAAUUUAAACCUCUGGGAAAUGUAACACCCCUCCAUGUGGUGUGAACUAUCGGUGGUUCUCGCACUGCUACAGGUCAGGGUCCUAAAGCAGGGGGAAGCCUUUUAAACACAGUGACCUCAUUUAAAACAUCCAAAACAAAUGUGUAAAAUUAAAUUUUUUUUUUGCAGUUAAAACAUCAAAUUGACCCCAAACAGAUGCAUAGAGAAUGUAUACAUAAACAUAUCAGCUUCUUCAUUUUAUGUUGACUCAGUUGUCACCAUAUUUGACCCCAUUCAGUGUUUAACAGUAUCAGUGUGACUGUGUUAAACAGGGUCCAGUUGAGCCCCAAAGACAAUAGGAGGGUUAAAGUAAUGGAUUGUUAAUUGGUUCUGUACUUAGUUCCUUAUAUCCAUUUCACAAUAGGGAUGCACCAACCAUGAAUUUUCAGAUUUCUUUACAGUUAAACUAGUGAUUUUUAAUUUCUUUUUUAUCAGCGUUAGAAGCUCAAACUGGCUGAAUCUCAAAGGGCUCCCCACUCCCUGAUACAGUGCACUGAACAGGCCAUGAAACUUGCUUCUACACCCAAACGGUGCAGUGUUCUAGAAUGUGUUCUAUAGCGAGUCAUGCCGCUUAUAGUGGAGUAUAAAUGGCUUUCUGUAGGACAUAUAAAGCACUGCUUGGCUUUAAAAGCCAAUUUCAUGACCUACAUGGUGCACUACAUAGGGUUGAAAUGUGCUAGACUUCCAGUACUUUCUAUUAUUUCAUUAUGAAUAACCUUAUUUGCUCUUUAAAGGAAUGGCUCUGAAAAUCUUCUUAACCAGUUUCCACUUACCCCAAUUAUGUAGUUGAGACAUGUUUAAUGUCCAAAUUUAGCAUCUGUAGCAGGUGGAGCUGCAAGGUGAAUGAUGCUUAAACAGUCAAUUGUCACCCAAAUCUUUUCUGUGAAAACAAAAAAUUACUAUGAGCUAUAAAAAUGAAUAAAACUUCACCAUGUAGCUGAACUAACCAGUGUUCCCAAUUCAGGGGCUGGAUCCUUUGAAGGCUGCUUAACUGAAAUGAGACGGUCAUGAAACGCCGCUCCUGUCAAUUUCUGUAAAGUUCUUUAAAGAUGGAACCAGAAACUUUGAUUUUAGCUGUUUGUUUUUCAUUUAUUAGAGCUGGAGAUGCUUCACUGUCGACUGCUGCAGAGUUUUUUUAAUAUAAUUCUUGUAUAAUUAGCUAUUCGCCUCAGUUUAAACCCAAUAUUUAUUAUAUUUAUAUAAGUAACAUAUAAAAGUGUCUCUUCAGCCGCCAGUGGCUUCUCUGUUGAUGCCACCCAUUGGAUCCUUUGCUGCCCUGAAAAAGGACACAUUUCACGGCCACAUAUGAAGGAGCCUUUGAAAUGCUACGGCCUCGUUGCGCCGCUGUGACACAAUCGGCCUUCCAGUGCAGCCUCUGAAGGAUGCAGCCCCUGAAUUAGGACCCAUUGGAAGUGCAGCUGGGCAGACGCUUUACAGAGUAAUUGACUGAGUGAUGUGUGCAGGCGAAGGAGAGGCAGAGUUUAGCACAACACCAGGGGGCGUUCAGUCUUGAAACACUGCUGUUUUCCUGCAGUUUCUGGAUUGAACGACUCGUUUUAUUGUGCGACGGGUUUCGAGGUACGUUUUCUCUCGUUUGCUGGGCAUCAGAACUGUUACCCAAUCAGCAGCAAUGUGUAUGUUAACCCUGCCGUAUUAAAAAGUGCACAUGAGGGUUCUAAUAAAGUUCCCUACAAAUAAGGCUGCUGCAGCUCAGUGUUCCCAACAAUUAAAAACAUAUUUUUAAGUGUUAAGAACAUAAAGAAACCCAUUUCAUCUCUAAAUAUUGUUCAAAAAGGACACUAAGGCUUGGUCCCAUUUCUUAGUUCUACUCCUACCCCUUGUUUUCGAGUGUCUCCUCACACCUUAGAACUGAGUUACAGGAUAGUGGUUGAGAUCUUCCCUCUGAAAUGGGAGCCUCAAAUAAAAAGAGCAUCACUUCAUUAACAGCUACUAGC